CAGCACUGCAUUCAUAUCGGUUUUCCUUCGACCUUACGCCAAGUGAAGUGAAAGGAGGCUCGGGGUCUCGCUGUGUCCAGUUUCUGUUCGAUGCAGGAUGAAAAACUUCGGAAUCAGGGAAAGAAGACACUAUUCGAGCUCUGUCGCUUAGUGAGUAUUUCGCCGUUACUGCUUGUGCUGCUACGGAAAUGCUUAAAGCUGCUGCAUGAAUUGUCGGUGGUAACCGUGGGGAUAGCAGUCUUUUUUCCAAGGUAUCCCCGAACAAAAAGAACAUGUUAUCGGUGAAGUGCCGCUCAGAAUGUGUCCGGUGAUUGCCUUCGUACUGCAUUUGCCUUUUGGAUUUAAAGAAGGUCAAUGAGGAGUCCUACGCGUUUGUCAUAUUUAUGAAUUCUUGUUUUCAUUUUUGUUUUCUGCAUGCCUUCUCGAAAACUGACCAUUUCAAAGGUCUGCGAACGUUGAUGUGGGAGCUUACAGCGACAGCGUAAAAAUGCUGAACAGCGUUUUGUUACUUAGCUUUUUAACGGUGACCAGUUUCUCCUCGAAGACAGAAAGCCGCAAAACUUCCAAAGACAUUUGUAAGAAUCGCUGUUCAUGCGAGGAAAAGGAGAACAUUUUGAAUAUCAACUGUGAGAACAAGGGAUUUACAACAAUUAGUCUGUUUCAGCCACCGCAAAACAAAAUCUCCCAGCUCUUUCUCAAUGGAAACUUUCUCUCUAAACUGAACCCUAACGAUUUUAUAAAUUAUGGCAAUGUUACAUCCCUUCAUCUGGGGAACAAUGGGUUACAAGAGAUUAAAACGGGGGCUUUUACGGGACUGAAAAUUUUAAAGCGCCUCCACCUCAACAACAAUAACUUGGAAAUAAUUAAAGAAGACACCUUUGCUGGUUUAGAAAGUUUGGAGUAUUUACAAGCAGAUUACAAUUACGUCAGCACCAUUGAGGCAGGUGCAUUUAGCAAGCUGAAUAAACUUAAAGUCCUAAUACUCAACGAUAAUUUACUGCUUUCCCUUCCCACCAAUGUGUUUCGCUUUGUUUUGCUAACCCAUCUGGAUUUGAGAGGGAACCGGCUGAAAAUGUUACCUUUUGCCGGGGUACUGGAGCACAUUGGGGGCAUUAUGGAAAUCCAGCUGGAGGAGAACCCGUGGAAUUGUACUUGCGACCUGAUCCCUUUGAAAGCCUGGCUGGAUACCAUCUCUGUCUUCGUGGGGGAUAUAGUGUGCGAAACACCCUUUAGACUGCACGGGAAAGACGUCACGCAAUUGAUAAGGCAAGAUCUUUGUCCCAGGAAAAAUCCAGGCGAAUCAAGCCAUCGCGCAAUGCAGCCCCCGUCUGAUUCUCAAUACCAAGGUUCCUCUCCAACAUUACACCCAGGCGUCACUCCAACAAGAGCGCCUAAGGCGUCCCGCCCUCCUAAAAUUAGAAAUCGCCCCACACCCAGGGUUACGGCGUCCAAUAAAGACAAACAUGUAUUUGGGCCCAUUAUGGUGUAUCAGACGAGGUCGCCUGUGCCGAUGACGUGUCCAAACAUAUGUGUCUGCACCUCGCAAAACCCAGACAGUGGAUUAAACAUAAAUUGCCAAGAAAGAAAAUUGCACAACAUAACAGAUCUUCAGCCCAAACCCUCAUAUCCAAAGAAACUACAUUUGACUGGAAAUUAUUUACAAACAAUAUAUAGAACAGACCUCACAGAAUAUAGUUCCCUGGAACUUCUUCAUCUCGGGAAUAACAGAAUAGCGAUUAUUCAGGACGGGGCUUUCGAAAACUUGACUAAUUUGCGCAGACUUUACCUGAAUGGCAAUUACAUUGAAAGUCUUUCUCAGUCAUUAUUUGCAGGGUUACAAAGCCUGCAGUAUUUAUACUUGGAGUACAAUGUUAUCAAAGAUAUUAUGCCACAGACAUUUAACUCUUUACAUAAUCUCCAGUUAUUGUUUCUUAAUAACAAUUUAUUAAGAUCUCUUCCUGACAAUGUUUUUGGGGGCACGAUGCUCACGAGGCUUAAUCUCAGAAACAACCACUUUUCCUACUUGCCGGUGCGAGGAGUGCUGGACCAGCUCUCCGCUUUCAUUCAGAUUGAUCUCCAGGAGAACCCGUGGGAUUGCACCUGUGACAUUGUUGCACUAAAAAACUGGAUGGAGCUGUCAAGCACGAGCGUUGUAGUUAAUGAAAUCACGUGCGACUCUCCCUCCAAGCACGCAGGACGGCUCCUGAGGUCCUUACGAAAUGAUGCCAUUUGCCCUGAGACUAACGAGGUCACUGUGAGCACGACGCCUACAGUGAGCAGCACCACUGACACAACCCCUUUUUCUGUAAGCGCACCCACGGACGCAGUGCCCGAGAUGCACGCGGAAGUACCCCUUUCCGUUCUGAUUCUGGGUCUGCUGGUGGUUUUCAUUCUUUCCGUAUGUUUUGGUGCGGGUCUGUUUGUAUUUGUCCUUAAACGACGCAAGGGGGUUGAAAGCGUCCCUUCGGGUGCCAAUAAUUUGGACCUCAAUUCAUUUCAGGUUCAGUAUGGCUCCUACAGUACAGAAACGAGUACAGACAAAGCCGAGGGCCAUGUGUAUAACUACAUCCCUCCUCCCGUGGGUCAAAUGUGUCAGAACCCGAUUUACAUGCAGAAGGAAAGCGAACAAGUAACAUAUUACAGAAAUCUGAAGGAAUUGAGCUUCGGUACGCUGGACCCGAAAAAGGACGAGCAGUCCCGAAGUCCCGCAUAUACAAUAAGCACAGUGGAGUUCAUCGAGAAACAACCUUGCGGAAACCGGGAGCCAGAGCUACUGUAUCAAAACAUUGCAGAAAGAGUCAAAGAGCUUCCGACUGCAGGGACACUGAACUAUAAUUUUUGCACCUUGCCCAAAAGAUCCUUUGUCCCCACUUACGAACCGACCAGGCGCCACAACCAAGACAGGUUAACUAAAACUGUCCUUUAUGGGACCCCGCGAAAAUAUUGUGCCGAACAAUCCAAAAACGAACAUCCACUGCUCCCUGGAAAAUUAAAGACAGAACCAGACUACCUCGAAGUUCUGGAAAAACAAACUGCAAUGAGCCAGUUGUAAAAUACAUUCAAUGCAUUUUCACGCCAUUACUUUAACAUGUAUCUCUAUGUAACCUACAAAUUACGAGGAAGACGUAAGCAACGCAACUUAAGUAUUCUUUCAACUUUUUUUCCGGACUGUGUAAAUGACUAAACGUAUAUGCAGUAAAAGGUGGUAUUUUUCUCAGUUUUAAAUUAUUUUGACUACUUGAAGCGUUCACAAUGUAGCAAUUGUCGCAAGAAUAUGUACAAUACAGCUUUAUGCUUUUAUUUGAUCUCGUCGAAAAGGCACGUCCUUUUCAGAAGCCCAACAGAACUGAUUCAUUUGAAAUGAACUUCCUGUACAUAGCAUUUGAUGGUGAGUGUGAGAUACAUUUACUGGUUACAUCCACUUGGCGUCCCAUUUAUUCCAGAAGUGCCUUUGCACUCGAAAUAUUUUAUCGUUGCUUUCAGCUAUAAAUUGAAUUUUUUUAUGUGCUGUAUUUUAAGAAUAUCUAUGUGAAA